AUGAAGAAAGAGACAGAGAAAACCGAAGACGAGAGGAAGACAACAGAUCAAACAAUCGAUGUUGAGAAAAACAAAACAGAGAAAGAGACAGAGAUAACCGAAGACGAGAGGGAGACAACAGAUCAAACAAUCGAUGUUAAGAAAAACAAAACAGAGAAAGAGACAGAGAUAAUCGAAGACGAGAGGAAGACAACAGAUCAAACAAUCGAAUCGGAUGUUGAGAAAAACAAAACAGAGAAAGAGACAGAGAAAAACGAAGACGAGAGGAAGACAACAGAUCAAACAAUCGAUGUUGAGAAAAACAAAACAGAGAAAGAGACAGAGAAAACCGAAGACGAGAGGAAGACAACAGAUCAAACAAUCGAUGUUGAGAAAAACAAAACAGAGAAAGAGACAGUGAAAACCGAAGACGAGAGGAAGACAACAGAUCAAACAAUCGAUGUUAAGAAAAACAAAACAGAGAAAGAGACAGAGAUAACCGAAGACGAGAGGGAGACAACAGAUCAAACAAUCGAUGUUGAGAAAAACAAAACAGAGAAAGAGACAGAGAAAACCGAAGACGAGAGGAAGACAACAGAUCAAACAAUCGAUGUUGAGAAAAACAAAACAGAGAAAGAGACAGAGAUAAUCGAAGACAAGAGGAAGACAACAGAUCAAACAAUCGAAUCGGAUGUUGAGAAAAACAAAACAGAGAAAGAGACAGAGAAAAACGAAGACGAGAGGAAGACAACAGAUCAAACAAUCGAUGUUGAGAAAAACAAAACAGAGAAAGAGACAGAAAUAACCGAAGACGAGAGGGAGACAACAGAUCAAACAAUCGAUGUUGAGAAAAACAAAACAGAGAAAGAGACAGAGAAAACCGAAGACGAGAGGAAGACAACAGAUCAAACAAUCGAUGUUGAGAAAAACAAAACAGAGAAAGAGACAGAGAUAACCGAAGAACAGACAAUCAGGUAUGAUAGUAUUGGAAAUAAUGAAGUGAAAGAAAAUUCCGAAAAAGAUGCAAAAGACAUUAAAAUGAGUAACAAAAUUGCUGGAAAGGAAACCACAUUUGCUGCAAGAAUCAGUGGAUUUUUUCGAUCCUUAUCAUGUAUCAAAAAGCAGAAGAAAAACAAAGAUGUGUGCUGA